AACGUCAAAAUAGAAAAUGGCUGUCAAUUUAAAAGUCAAGUAAACAAGGUAAACAUAAAGCUUUAUUGAGCAUUUAAUUAAAUUUAAAUCAUGAGCAGCCGCAAUCCCACCACAUUAAUGAGCGUACCGGACGAGCAAUUUGACUAUUUAUUUAAAAUAGUGCUCAUUGGUGACUGUGGAACCGGAAAAACAUGCAUUGUGCAACGGUUGAAAUCUGGUAAUUUCAUAGAAAGGCACGGAAAUACAAUAGGCGUAGACUUUUCAAUGAAAACAUUGAUAGUGGAUGGGAAGAAAGUCAAGCUUCAGAUAUGGGAUACUGCGGGGCAAGAGCGCUUCAGAACUAUCACGCAGAGUUACUAUCGCUCGGCGAACGGUGUAAUUAUUGUAUAUGACAUCACAAAAAGGUCAACAUUUUUGUCCCUACAAAAAUGGAUUGAAGAAGUACGAAGGUACACCUCAUCGAAUGUCAUAGUCUCACUCAUUGGUAACAAAUGUGACUUGACGGACCAGAGAGAAGUAGAGCCUGAUGAACCGCAGUCAUUCUGCCGUUACGUACCAGAGAUCAUGUUUGUGAUGGAAACCUCUGCAAAGGACAACACUAAUGUUGAAGAUACAUUCCGCAGUUUGGCUACAGAAUUAAAGAGACAACACGACAACAGUGAAGGUCCCCCAGCAGAGUCAGAUUCAGUGGUCCUCGGUGAAAGUCAAUCGGUAACCAAGUGUCAACCAUGCCGGUCGUCUUAGAUCUAAUUUACCUAAUACUAACCACCAUUGACCAAAUGCAAAACAUUGUGUCCCUUACAUGGUGCUUUUUUGCACCAAAAUCAUUGGUGUGAGGUGACUAAUAUUUUUAUUUCUGCCAUGUGAUUUUUAGCUAUGCUUUUGACUUCAUUUCUUGUCACAAAGAUAGUUUUUAACUAUAUUUUUUUUAUGUUAGACUGGCCAAUGUCGUAUGUAUAGUACCAGCAUUGGAUGAAUACAUUGUCUGCAUAUUAAUUCUGUUAAUAUGUACCGCAACAUGAUAAUCGUCGUAAUUCGAAUGUUUGGCUCAUUGACUGUUUCACGCGAUGACUACAUAAUAUUGCUACAUAAGUCGUUUUGCUGCUAUUUCGCUAUUGCGAUCAUAGAUAGCGCCUUAGCGUUGUAAUGGGCCUAUGAUACAAAAAAACAAUGGCCUUAAACUAGCAAAGCAAUAACUAUGUGAGCUAAAUUAUUUGUAAUUAUUUCAAUGUAUUUGUGACUCACCGACAUUUCCAGUUUUCGCUUUUCAAACACAUUUUUAUUUGGAAAGAAGCAUCGUGUUUUAUCAUCAAUGGGUAUUAUUAUUACUUACUACGUUUAGGUUUAAAUUCUGAGAUUAUAAAACUAUUAAUUGAUCUACGAAAUUAUUUCAGCAAUGAAAUGUUUAUUUUUCUUAAAAUUAUACAUUAGUUUUAUGUAAAAUAUGUUUUUGAGACUAUGAUAGAUAAUAUGAAUAUGGCUUUAAGUUAUAAUUUUAAGAUCUAAAAUGUAAGUAGACUUGUCAUUGGUUUCCUUUAGUGUUAUGAAAUUUACGAAAAUCAGUUUCGGUAUUGUAAAUAACUGUAGAUUAAUAGUAACACCACCUGCUCGGGACUGAUUUGAGCCAUACCCUUAGUAUUGAAUGUUGUAACCAGACCACAGAAUAUAUCUAUAAAUGUUGUAUGUUAUUAAAUUACCAAUAUACAGGGUGUAACCUACGCAAAUUUUGGAAUUAUGUUUGCAAGAAACAAUUUGUGGCGCUUUCUAUAAGAAAGCUAUACUAUAUUUGCAAUAUUUGUUAAUUUUUCAUAAUCAUUAUGAUUAAUUCAUUUUACUGAAAUACUGUAGGCACAUAUUACACCUUGUAUAUUAUUUUAUUAGCACUUAUCCUAUAUUUUAUCAUUAUUCAUAAUUGUAUGAAUUUAAUGGAAUUGUAGUCGUGACGUCCAGUAAUAUGCAAUUGAAUAAUACUCAUACUGAUGUUGAUUUAAAAAGUUAAGCAAAUAAAUAACAUUUUAAAAAAUGUAUGCAAGAAAGAUCUUGAAUCAACAUCGUGUAUUUAGAAAUUAAUCAACAAUAUUAUGGUAACUAGGUAACCAUGCUCUUAUAAUGUUCCAGGAAAGUCUUGGUUUUUAGAAACUGAGACUGGUCUCGAUUUUCCAUUUAAUCUCAUAAUAAACUGAAUUAAAGUUAGAGAGAGAACACUGUUAAAAAUAUCAGUUGAAUUUAAUUAUCACUUACCACUUUAAAUUAUUGUGGUUUAUUUAAUUUAGGUAGAAAAUUAUAUUUUCGUCAAAUUAUUAGUCGUGUCAUAAGAAUCUCUGUAAAUUAAUUUUGUAUUCAUUUUUUU